GAAGAGGCAGAGGCAGCUGCAGCUCCCUGUUGCGGAUGGGUUGAUGGAGGGGUUGUACUGUAUGUCUGUGUGGAAAUGAGUGUGUAUUUGUGUGCAUGCAUGCCAGUCUCAGACUGUGUGCGUGUAGUAUUUGCAUGAGCUGCAACCGGAGCUGCUGCUGCUGCAGUUGGUGAAUAAGACAGACAGGGAAUCGGAGUAUGGGUAGCAUGAAAGGAACCAGAUUAAUAAUGCAUAGUGCCGGUUGCAUGCUCUGCAUUAGUUAGUUUUACUGAGACCUGUGGCUGCCUACAAUCUGCCUGACUCACUGACUUCUGACCUGCCUUUCUGCCUGCUUGACCAACGCAGACAUGUCUCACUACCAUUUCAUCAAAUGUUGUUGUUUCCAGCUAUGUAACGUUUUUCGUCACAACAUGGAGAUAGACCAGUGUUUGCUGGAGUCUCUCCCAAUUGGCCAGCGCCAGCGCCUGGUCAAACGGAUGCGCUGUGACCAAAUAAGGGCAUAUUACGAAAGGGAAAAGAACCUUGAAAGGCAGCAGGGUGGAGUCAAAGUUCGAGCCCCAUCCACCUACGGCAGGAAGCAUCGCAUCCGCUUCAGGCACACCGACCUCAUUCAAGAUGCAAUCAUUCGCCAUGACAACAAAGAAGUGUUGCGUCUCUUAAAGGAGGGAGCAGACCCCAACACUCCAACUUCCUCAGGGGGAUCUUUGCUACACCUGUGUGCUCGCCAUGAUAAUGUGUUUGCAGCCGAGGUCCUGAUUGAGCGAGGCUUAAAUGUCAACAAACAGGACGAAGACCUGUGGACAGCCCUUCAUGUAGCAUGUGUAUGUGACCAUGCAGAUAUGGUUUUGCUACUACUGCUGGCUGGAGUUAACGCUUUGCUGCAGGAUAUCAAUGGAAACAUUCCUCUGGACUACACUUUUGAGGGGACGGAGACCAGCUAUAUUCUCCGAAAGUAUUUGGAGGACAAUGGUGUAGAUGUGGCCUCCAUGCAUAUUAUAAAGACACAGAGACCAACCACCAUGCUGACCGAUGUGAAAAAUCUUGUAACCACAAAGGGAAGCCUUAACCAGCCAAAUGAUGAAGGAGUCACUCUGCUCCACAUUGCAUGUGCCAGUGGUUACAGAGAGGUGGUGUCAGUGUUAUUGGAAAGUGGAGCAGACCCCCAUCCGGCCGACAACAACUUUUGGACCCCACUCCAUUUGGCUGCAAAAUAUGGGCAGAUCAGCAUUGUUUGCAAGCUCCUGAGGUAUGGAGCAAACCCGACUUUGCUCAACUGCAACCAAGACAAGCCAUCUGAUCUUGCUGUGUCAGAACCCAUAGCAGAGAUGCUGCUGAAUGCAGAAGAGAGCUGGUUGCAGAGACUAAAAGAUCCCACUGCUCCCCAACCUUCUACUGAUCAGCGUUAUGAUGGGGGCUCCUACGAUUUCAGCACGCCUCUCAAGACUUUGAACCCGCUUGGUCUCUCAAUCUCUAAGCGGGACAGUCUGCUAGAGAGGUGUACAAUGUUCAGAGAGGCAAGUGGAGCACUAAGCCAACAACCCUCUCAGGAUAAUGGCCUCGAUAGCCCCUUUAGCUCUGGACCCAGCAAGCUUGAGCAGGUCAAGCUGAUGCCUCCAGCUCCCAAUGAUGACCUUGCAUCCCUCAGUGAAUUGACUGACAGUAGCCUGCUCUACGAGAUGCAGAAGCGCUUUUGCAAUGACCAAAUCUAUACUUACAUUGGACAUAUUCUCCUACUGAUCAAUCCAAACAAAGAGCUGCCUAUUUAUUCCACUUUGGUCAGUCAGUUGUACUUGAGCUCCACUGGUCGCCUCUGCUCUUCCCUUCCGCCUCACAUCUUCUCCUCAGCUGAGAGGGCGUUCCACAUGAUGCAGCAGGAGAGACGCCCACAGUGUUUUAUCCUGAGUGGUGAGAGUGGUUCUGGGAAAACUGAGGCAUGUAAGCACAUUGUGAGACACUUGACAGCUCGCUCCAACCCCAAAGGCUUUGGGUUAGAGCCCAGAAUGAAACACGUAAACUGUGUUCUGGAAGCCUUUGGCCACGCAAAGACUCCAAGGAACACUAACUCAAGCCGUUUUAUUAAGCUGCUAACAAUCCAGUUCUGUGAGAAACAAAGGACAAUACUGAGAGCCCAUGUGUCCACCUACAUGCUGGAGAAGACCCGUGUGGUUCACCUGCCGCCCCAGCAUCAGAACUUUCAAAUCUUCCAUCUGAUGGCUGAAGGCCUCUCCCCUGAGGAGAAGAGUGAACUUUAUCUUAAUAAUGUCCUGGCUCAUAGAUAUCUUAAUGCAGGAACUCUGGGUGUAAGCCCUCCUGUAGCCCCAGCUUCUGCUCAGAGCAGGGAGCUUCUGGUUGGAGUCAAACAAGCCCUGCGAGCCCUGGGCUUUAAUAAACAGGAGGUUGACUCGGUAUUCACGCUGCUCUCCGCUGUUCUCCAUAUUGGCGACCUGCGUUUCACUGCCCUGAAAGAUACCAAUUCAGCCUUCCCUUCUGACUUGCAGCUGCUGGAUAGAGUUGCUGGAUUGUUGCAGGUGUCAGCUAAUGAUCUAAGCACUGCCCUCACCUCUGACGUUCAGUACAUCAAAGGGGAUGUGAUUACUAGAUGCCACACAGUAGAGAUGGCAGAGCAGUACAGGGACCAGCUUGCUAAAUCCAUCUACGGACGCCUCUUCUACUAUUUAGUCAACAGCAUCAACGACUACCUUCAAGGGCAGGAAGAUAUCAUUGGUGAUCCCGCUAUGGAAAUUGGUAUCUUGGACAUGUUUGGGUUUGAAGAAUUUCAAAGAAAUGAAUUUGAACAGCUGUGCGUGAACAUGACCAACCAACGGCUGAGGCAGUAUGUCUCUGAGGUGCUCUUCCAGCAGGAGCAGGCUGAGUGUCUGCAGGAGGGUAUCACCAUGGAGAUCCCCCUCUCCAGCAGCAACCACGGCGCCGUGCUGGACUUCCUUCUUCAGAGGCCUCAGGGACUGCUGUGUGUGCUGGAUGAAGAGAGUCAAAGCUUACGGCCUGCAGAGCAGAGCCUUUACAAGAGGCUGUCCACCCAGCUGGGCUCCAGUUCAAUUUGUGGGCUUUCACUCACCACCAAGGAUGGCAAUGGGAACCCCCCACCCAAAGACCAGGGACCAGCCUUCACUGUCAGCCACUAUGCAGGAGAGAUUUCAUAUGAUCUGACUGGAUCUCUGAGCAAAAACAAAGACUUCUUCCCGCAGAAUCUCUUGCUUACAAUAAAAACCAGUGAAAGUGUGUUACUGCAGCAGCUCUUCCAGUCCAAGCUGACUCAGACUGGUUCUCUGGUGCCAGCUGCACAGGGCCGCAUUGGCCUGAGAGGGACUAAAGCAGCCUUGUUGCUUCAGAGGAUAACAUCAGCCUCCCCUGUCAAUGCCACUCUUAUCCCUGAACAGCCUCGGAGGUACCAAGAUCUUACCAAGAUAUUAAAGAAAAAAGGCUCCAGUUCUUUCCUCCAGCGACUCGAACGUUGUGGGCCAAUCACAGGGGCUGUCCAGCUGAGGAACUCACUUUCAGAGCUUAUGAGUAAACUGCAAACUCGCACUCCCCACUUUGUAGAGUGUGUUCGCCCCAAUUCUAGUGGUCAGCCAGGAAGCUUUGACAGCUGCCACGUCUCUUCCCAGCUGCGGUACAUCGGAGUGCUUGAUAUGGUGCGCAUGAUUCGCUAUGGAUACCCCGUCCGUCUGUCCUUCCCAGCAUUCCUCAGCAGAUAUAAAGACCUCCUAGUCCCUACUUUGGGAGACAAGAAGAAACUGUCAGCUGAGGAGAAAUGUCGUUCCAUCCUACAGCAGUCAAAACUCCAAGGAUGGCAGAUGGGCAAGAGUAAAGUGUUUCUGAGAUACUGGCAGCCAGACCAGCUCAAUGACCGCUGCUACCAGCUUCACAAAAAGAUCAUCACCUGUCAGAAAGUUGUCCGCGGCUGGCUUGCUAGGCAACAGGUCAGUCACAGGCUCUCGCUGCAGCAUAAAGAGCAGUGCAGCGUGCAGCGUUUUUUGCAGGGAGCCGAAGACAUGGGGCUACAGAUCUACGACCAGCUGGUAAUCCAAAAUGCAUCUGACAUUGCACGAGAGAGUGACCGUCUGCGCUGUCAUGGCAAUAGUCUGCUUAGCACACUCAGUAGCAGCCCACCACUUGGUGAGAGGCCUGAGCCAGUGGGCAAAGAGGAGGAUCAGCCAGUCAGGAGGAUGGUGGAGAAGAGCGGAAAAGUCCAUGAGGGUCAUGUCACUGCAGGAGGCAGAAUUAUUCGUCACUUUCGUUCCAGCUCAGUACCCAUUCCCCUUGCUUUGGACAAUAUGGUCCAUUUCUCUGCUAGUCCACCAGUCAAACAAUCAUUGCAGCAGAACAUUGAGGACGGAGCAGGAAGUGGGAGUCUGUCCUCACCUCGCAAGCAACCUCCUCCCAAACCAAAGAGGGAUCCCAAUACUCGCCUAAGUGCGUCCUAUGAAGCUGUUAGUGCAGGGUUGACAAUGGCUGCCAAAGAAAGCUAUACUCCAGAGGGGUCCAGUUCACCUGCUGGAAGCCCUCCUAAAUCCCAGCUGUCCCCCAGUGACCCAGCAGCCAAGCCCCGCCCCCAUAGUGAUGACUACACAACUAUAAGAAAAGUACCACCACCCAAACCUAAGCGCAGCCCUAACACUAAGUUGACAGGCUCAUAUGAGGAAAUCAAUGCUGUGGCACCUCUGCUUCACCAGCUACGCCCUGCUGAUGUAAAAUUGGCCCUGCUUUCUCGUUGCGGGGGUUUCGGAGGAAUCGGAGGCCCCAUGCAGAGAGCGGCUUCUUUAGAUGCACCAAAAGGAGUGGCCCUCAGCUUAUACAAGGGCCAAGAUGAAGAGGAUGUAUACAUAGAAAUGUUAGGGUCUCAGCCACGGGCUCGUAGUCUCCAGGAGCCCCCUGACAGCCCAGAGCUGGUUGACUCUGAGGCUGUCUAUGAGGAGAUGAAGUAUCUCCCACCUGAAGAUGGUGGAAAUCCUGUCCCUGCUAUCACCAAGGCAGCCAAGCUGCAAACUCUAUCCUUGGGCUUGAUCGGACUGGGUUUAUCUCCUCCAAAAGGUGGGGAGAACAAACAAACAUCAGCCAGUGCCAAUUCUGCAAUGGAUGUUUCUCUUACACCAGGCCUGUCUAGCGGAGUUUCUUCCAAAGCUCACCUUGGCAAAGAUGGUAGCUGUGAGAUUCCUGCUCCUUUCCCCAACUUACUCCCUCACCGCCCUCCCCUCCUGGUCUUUCCUCCUUCACCUGUUACCUGUUCUCCUGCAUCAGAUGAGUCACCACUCACCCCCUUGGAAGUAAAGAAGCUGCCUGUUUUUGAAACUAAUCUAAACUAUGCCACAGGGCCAGACAGCCCUCUGUCCCCACAGUUUUCUCGCCAAAGGGCUGAUUCUUCACCUAGUCUUACAGUCCUCAUGCCAGAAAAGAAGUCUACUCCUCCACUGACCCCUCCACCACCUCCUCCUCCCCCAAGUGCAGCACCUCCUCCCUACAGACCCCCUUCACAUUUCCCCUUCCCACCUGAGGCCAACUUCCUUGCUCUGACUCGUGCAGCAUCUGUCACUGGGAGCUCAAACUCCCCCAAAAUCUCCUCUCAAAGGGCAGCUGUGGAGCCACUGGGGAAGCCGCCUCCCUAUUCUCCAGUGAAGAUGUCUCGACCUGAGCCACGGAGGGCACACUCUUGCUCAUCGUCACCGCUGCUGUUUAACCCAGCCAAUGGCAGACCCCUAACUAGCCCCCUAGAUGAGCUCAACACUCUGUUCAGUUCUGGACGCAGCCUGCUGAGGAAGUCGACACCCGGUCGCAAAAUGAGAGAUGGAGGAUUCAAUUCAAACAUUAAUUUGCCAGGGAGAGAAGAAAGUGGCUCUGCACCCACUUCACCAUCUCUGCAGCUACAAGACAAGAAUGCCAACAACCACUCUCUGCACUCCCCAAGCCCUCUCCCUAUUGAGAACGGCAACCAAAUAUCUAAUGGAUCACUAGAAGAUGAUACCAACAGCAAGUCUAACUCUAGCAGCACCUCUUUGCACAGACAUCUGGAUAGCCACCAUACUCAGCAACUACGUCUGACCAACAAAGAUGAAAGCACCACCCUCAGGGAGCUUCUGCGCUGGCGGCAAAUGCAGUGUGAGGGGCAGAGUCGCUCUCAGCGGCGUUCUCCUCAAUCCCCACCACUGCCCCCCACACUGCUGUGGACCAAAAGGAAGGCCUCCCCUUGAUCCUGACACAGCUAUGGAAUCUGAAGUUACAUCUCCCAACUUUUCAGUCAGAAUAUACUUUUUUCUGUAUUUUCGCAUGGGCCAAGAACCUUAUUGUCCAUGGGCUACGCUAAUGCCCUGAGCCCAGAAGCAUGUGCUUAAGCCCCUGGGCUGAGGCUUUUGCUUUUCCUGUAUUUGCACUGACUGUGGAAGAUACUCUACCUGAUAUGAUAUAAACUCAAUGUGCACAGUGUCUAUAAAUGCAUAAACAGCUGUUCCAGUGAAAGUGGGUUUUAUCUUUUAUUUUAUUUAUUUAAAAAAAAACAGACAUAUAAUAGAUAAAUUAUUUUAACAUGUCUAUUUAUUUUCACCAAAGCGAUGAUGUCCACAUAUUGGAGGCUGAACCUAAGAGCAAAUAACUCAGGUCCUGAAUGGGCCUUUUAUCUCUUCAGUCUGUAAUUGUGAAUUGCUGCUGCGCACAAAUGAGUUUCCUCCCCACAACAUGGUGCUGAUAAUAGUAAUGAUAACAUGCUGUCUUGUGAUAUUCCAUUCAGUUCUUACAUGUGCACAUUGCGGUUCUUGCAUGUGAAUUUGUGAAGUUUACAAGCAAACCCAGCACCUUUAGGAACUUCCAAGAUUUUAGCAUCAGGCCAGCUCGGGCCUGCUUAGGACCUAAGUGCUUCUGUAGCUAUGGCAACAAGCUACCAGGGGUCAGGAUAACCCCUAGUUUUAUUCCGAAAUGCACUUCUCUUCCUCCUUAUUUACCAGCCUUGAAUAAAAGCCCUCUGGUCGAAUUCCAAGCCACUGCACGUACCUUUACAGUUAAAAAGAGAAACUAAAAAGGACUCUGAUAUGGUUCAAAGUGUAAAUGUCUCAACAGAAAGGUAUGUAGUUCAUGUUGUGAUCAUGAAACUGUGCCAAAGUAAAAAAUAUGGCUGAGGCAUUGCUGUUAAAUAUUUCUUUUGUUCUUUGAUGUACAGACUGAUUUAAAUAAAUAAGAAGUAUUACCUCUGUUAGGUGAUUAUAUGGACUGAGAAAAUCACCGUAUAUAAAAGAAAAAAGGGGAUCUAAAGUAGGAACUUAACUCUCAUUGUGUCGUCUCAUAAGCGCUGUUAGGUCAGAACAUAUGAGGGCUCCAUUUGAAUCAAAUUAAUAAAGCCCACAGAAUUAAGUAUUAAACUUUUUCUUAAAAAAAUGCAACCCACUUCUAUUUUUGGUUUAGUUUAUAACAGUAUCUUCCCCAAGAACUGAACAUCCUGUCUUUUAAUGCCUGCAGAUCAGAGGUGCUGCUUUAUCUAAUCUUCAAAUAAAUUGUUUUUGUAAGAUCACACUUUAUAACAAUGUUUUUUUUUUUACAUCUCAAAUAAGUGUUUAUAGACAUUCAUGGGCCUAAAGAGUUUCCUUUUUUUCAGUUCAUUAAUUUUUUGUAACCCAAGUGCCAAAUAUGCUCUCAGUAAUAUUUAUAAUAAUGUUCUGAGGCUAAGUACAACAUAGCUUCAUAGGUUUUUGUUAAUCAAUGAGCUUGUGGCAUAAUUCUGACUGGGUAUUAUUUAUUUGCUUUUAUUUGUGGGCCUAGAUGAACAUAAGUUAACGGAUUAGAUUCUUGGCAGGUACAAGGUUUAAAUAGUGCAGGAAUCUUCAGUGAAGUUGUCUUAAAGCUUGGUUUAUACUCGCUGCAUAGAAUGUGCCGUCCCCGCCCUAAGUGCGGACCCCGUGUGCAGCCUUGUUCCAAAUGGGAGGAUAUAAAGUUGUUCUCCACAGACAAGUUUGCAUGUACUGACAUCAAUUGUGGUCAAAUGCAGUGUUGUUACUGUUUAGUCAGACUGAAAACAACAAACAGGGGUGAGUUUAUUGGCCAAACUUGUGGUACAAACAAGGAUUUAAGCUACUUUUUCAAUCACAUACAGCAUACUUAGAGUGUGAAACAACUACCCUCAAUAUAUAUUGCAUUCAUCUUUUAUUUAGUAAAACUAUGUUUUUUCAUAUGUUAUUUUUUGUGUGCAGCUGGUAAACCUAUAUAACCUCUUUUUUCUGUAGUUGCCAUACACACACCUACCAUCCUUUAAUGAUUAUACAUUUUAAAUUAAUAAUACUGCGCUGGCCAUUUUGGAAGCAGGACGUCAAUUGUUCCCUUUUUUUUUCUGCAUUUCCGCUUUUUUUUUAUUUUUAUCACUGCCCCUCUCUGUCAACAUGUUAACCGUGUAGAGUGAUUUUAUGGGCUCGCACACAUCGCACACAGUUCCACACAACAACCCAACGCAUGAAUAUAUCUUGGCCUUUAGUGCUUCCUGUUGUAAAACCUAGUGUUUUAACCAUUAAAACAUAUAAGAUACGUCUGAAAAAAUAGUGUCUAGAGUUCCUCUUUAAUUAUAAUUUUCUUCCAUUUGCACUGAACCUGUAUCACUGUCAAUGAAACACUCACACAGCAUGAUGCGGCCACCACUUUGCUGAUGCACUGUUCUCAGGCUUGUAUUCCUUUGUUGUCUCACUGCAAAAAAAAAAAAAUUAACCUAAAUAAGUAGUUUUUCUUAAU